AAAAAGGAAAGAGAAAGAAGAAAGUCUGCGCUCUCAUUCAUGCACGGUGGACAACAUUAGCAGUCUCCGCAGAACGUUGGGACGUGUCACCUCCUCGUCAAAACACACACACCGCCACGAAGCGUCGUGACCCUCCACAGUAGUCUCUACCAUGGCAGAAGCUCACCAGGCGGUGGCCUUCCAGUUCACCGUCACCCCCGACGGCAUCGACCUGCAUCUGUGCCACGAGGCUCUGCGGCAGGUCUACCUCUCCGGCCUCCACUCCUGGAAGAAAAGGUUCAUUCGGUUUAAGAAUGGGGUGAUGACCGGCGUCUACCCGGGCAGCCCGGCGGGCUUCAUGGUGGUGGUCGUGUCCUACAUGUCAUACAACAAAUACAGACAGCUGGAUCCUUCUCUAGGGCUGAUCGCCAAGCUGGGGCAACAUAUACCGAUCAGCCAGUACAUGUCCACAGACAGCCAGAAGAUAGUCGGGGGGGUUCUGGUGGGCACGGGUCUGUGGGUCACCAUCAUCAUGAUCAUGAGGAAUGUCCUGAAGAGCCUGCUGUCGUGGCACGGCUGGAUGUACGCAAAUCAUGGCUCCGUGUCCUGGACCACUCGCAUCUGGAUGCUAUUAGUGAAGGUGUUCUCUGGCAGGAAGCCAAUGCUCUACAGUUUCCAGAACUCUCUGCCCCGACUGCCCGUCCCCUCUGUCAAGGACACCUGCAAAAGGUACCUGGAGUCGGUGCGCCCGCUGAUGGAGGAUGAGCAGUAUGAACGUAUGAAAGGCCUGGCUAAAGACUUUGAGAAGAACCUGGGACCCAGACUGCAGUGGUACCUGAAACUCAAGUCCUGGUGGGCAUCCAACUACGUCAGCGACUGGUGGGAAGAGUAUAUUUACCUGAGAGGCCGUGGACCCAUCAUGGUUAACAGCAACUAUUAUGCAAUGGACUUCCUGUACGUGUUUCCCACCUCCAUCCAGGCUGCCAGGGCAGGUAAUGCCAUCCACGCUAUUAUGCUGUACAGGAGAAAACUGGAUCGAGCUCAGAUCAAACCAAUAUACUUGCUGGCAAACAAGGUUCCUCUGUGUUCGGCUCAAUGGGAGCGAAUGUUUAACACCUCCCGCAUCCCCGGUUUGGAGACAGACACGCUGCAGCACAUGAACGAGAGCAAACACAUAGUGGUGUACCACAAGGGCCGGUUCUACAAGGUGUGGAUGUUCUACGACGGCCGGCUGCUGCUGCCACGGGAGAUCGAGCAGCAGAUGGAGCGGAUCCUGGCCGACCAGUCGGAGCCCCUUCCCGGAGAGGAGAGGCUGGCGGCGCUCACCGCCGGGGAUAGGACGCCGUGGGCGAAUGCCCGUGAGACGUACUUUGGCCGUGGUAAGAACAAGCAGUCCCUGGACGCCAUCGAGAAGGCGGCCUUCGUGGUGACCCUGGACGACACAGAGCAGCGAUACGACGAGGCGAACCCGGUCAAGUCCCUGGACAGCUACGCCAAAUCUCUGCUCCACGGAAAGUGCUACGACAGGUGGUUCGACAAGUCCUUCAAUCUGAUCGUUUUCAAGAACGGCACCAUGGGACUGAAUGCUGAGCACUCAUGGGCGGACGCUCCCAUCAUUGGACAUUUGUGGGAGCACGUUCUGUCCAUGGAUCCCGUGAGGCUGGGAUACACCGAGGAGGGCCACUGCUGCGGGCAGCCUCACCCCAACCUGCCGGGUCCUCAGAGGCUGCAGUGGGACAUCUCAGCCGAGUGCAUCGAGGUGAUUGACAGCUCGCUGGCAGUAGCCAGAGUCCUGGCAGAUGACGUGGACAGCCACAUUUUCCCCUUCAGCGACUUCGGAAAAGGGCUGAUUAAGAAGUGCCGCACCAGUCCGGAUGCCUUCAUCCAGAUCGCCCUGCAGCUGGCCCACUACAGAGACAAAGGGAAGUUCUGCCUGACGUACGAGGCCUCCAUGACGCGUCUGUUUCGGGAGGGCCGGACAGAAACCGUGCGCUCCUGCACCGUGGAGACCUGUGCCUUCGUCCGCGCCAUGAUCCGAGACGAAACGAGAGAGGAGCGUCUGAAGUUGCUCAAAGUGGCAGCAGAGAAGCACCAGAACAUGUACCGCCUGGCGAUGACGGGAGAGGGCAUCGAUCGCCACCUUUUCUGCCUUUAUGUGGUUUCCAAAUACCUGGGGGAGGACUCGGCCUUCCUCAAAGAGGUUUUGUCCGAGCCGUGGAGGCUUUCCACCAGCCAGACUCCUCUGCAGCAGGUGGAGCUGUUCGAUCUGGUCCGACACCCUGAAUAUGUGUCUUCUGGAGGUGGAUUUGGUCCCGUGGCGGACGACGGUUAUGGAGUCUCCUACAUCAUUGUUGGUGAGAAUCUCAUCAACUUCCACAUCUCCAGUAAACACUCCAGCCCAGAAACCGAUUCCCAUCGUUUCGGAGCCAACAUUCGACAGUCCAUGCUGGAUAUUCUGGAUCUCUUCCAGCUGGACAAGAAAACCAAGUGAAGAGGAAAAACACCACAAACUGUUUUAGCAAAGCGUUUCUUUUUUUUUUUUUGUUUUGUUUUUGUUUUUUUUUGCUGAAGCCUGAAACCAUUGGAUUUGGGAUUAUUUUUAAGUUAAUUGAUGUUACAGAAAUGAGAAUUAUUGAAAGGCAUUUGGAAAUAUUCCUGUGUGUGUGCGUGCGAGCGUACGUAUGUGUGCGUGUGUGUGUGAUUGAAUGAGAGGCCUUUGUGUGUAGGUGGUGUGGGUUCAGGUAGUGCACAGAUCAAACUUUUUAUUUACUGGACUGUUCGAACAGGUGCCUUACUGACCCACUGAUGUUCAAAAAAAAACAAAGAAAAAAAGGGCAGAAAGGGAGGAGGAGAUGUUCUGGUAGGAAGUCUGCACUCACACACGGAGUUGUGUGUUUAUAUUGCAUCGUCUGAUAUUGGAAAGACUUUUCAAGUUGGGAGAUGGUGCAGUGUUUUUUGUUUUGUUUUUUUUUUUUCUCUUCUAGUUAAAUCAUUUCACCACCAGAGUCAAAUAUAACUGACCAAAGCAGCAAACUUGAUGGGAAUCAUCAAAAGACUUGCAUGUUGAAGAGCGAUGGCUGGUUUGAAUAGAGAACUGACUUUUUAAGCUUCACAAUUGUUUGUAGUCAUUUAAAAAAAA